AUGAACCAACCUUCCAGCCCCAAAAGUACAUACAAACCUGAUCCCUUAGAAUCCCUAAAGUCCUACAAACGGUACAAUUCCUUAUUCAAAUCCGACCAAGAUCAGCCUGAAAAAGACUCUAACCAAGAAUUAACCAACAAGAAGAAGUCUUCUGAAGCUCAAUUAAUCCCAGCAUCACCGGUCUCCAUUGAAACCGAGAAGCUCAACAAAGAUCUUGAGGAUAACUCCAAUGAAAUUGAAACUCCCAAUGCCUUCAGUGGUAAAGAAGUUGUGGUACAGGAUUAUCCAAUUAUUAGCUCGAGAGUGAUACAUCGAGCAACCAGAAAGAAUAAGAUCGAAUCAUCGGGUAAACGAGAGAGCUCAACCCUUACUUCUAAAUUUACCAAUACAUUCUCUCAUAAUUGGAUGAGCCCUAAGCUAAAAUAAUUCCCAAAGAUUUCUUUUCGAGACGAGUAAAAUUCAAAGGAAAUUAGAUAAUAAGCCUAUUGAGCUUAUGAAAAGAUUAUAAAUAAGCCUCCUCGGACUGAAAGAGAAGAAGUUAAGCAAAAUUUGCAUCCGCAUACAGACAGAAAAAUCAUUAACAUGAACCUUAACUCUCUAAGUGAGGACUUCAACAUCUUAAGGAUAAAGAAGCAAUCUCCUCCGAAAUCUAAGCAGAUUCCUAACAGAAGUUUCAGAAAAUAAUUGUAUUAAGUUUCAUAAGAAUACAGAAAACUCAAAGAGAGAAAUCUCUCUUGAUGCUAGUUCAUUAAUCAAGCAUCAUUUACACAAACCAUUAUCUAUCCCGAGAAAUAAGCUAGAUUCCAAAAUUAAAGCUAGGAUUAAUAUGAAGCUUAACCUAAAGCUACUAACUCGAGGUUUAGGCUCGAAGAAACAAUGAAAUCAAAGGGGAUAUCAGACUUAUAGACCCAAACGUAAAAUGCAAGGAGAUCAUUCGUUGAACUUAAUAAACCCAUCAGCAAAGCUUCCUUUUCACAAAGUCAAGGGUCUAGGCUCAAAAUUUGGAAUGCCUUACAACACAUUUGACAACACAAAAAAGACUCAAGAAUCAUCCCAUUUCAAUGAAAUAAACUGGAUGGAAGCAAUGUCUAGCUAUAUUCGGCAUAAAAAUACAGAACAAAGCUUUAUGAAGAAACAUAAGAAUUCAGUAAUUAAACGGUCCCUAAACUCUUCAAUAUGAAGAUCAUCUCGAUACAAGCACUUCAAAAAGAAACAAAGAUAUGGGCAGUUUAUUGGGACACCCAGUAAAUCACCAUUCAGCCCAGUAUCAUACAUGAAGCAAUCUCCUAGGUAUCCAUCCUCUAUUGAUAUGCUGACAGACUCCUAACAGGG